AUGUUCAACAAUACUACUAAUAGCACACGAGACGCUGCCAGUGACAUGCCACCAGAGUCUCCUCCAUCCUCCGGCGAAUCUCAGACUGCCUCACCAUCCUCUGAUUCUGUCCCACUACCAGGCUCCUUGACACUCACAUUUCUUGCGGCAGCACUGAGCAAUGCAUUGCUUGAGGGUGCGCCUCCAGGCAUUUCACCAUCCACUCAGGCUGCUACGUCUACAGGAGAAGUUCCUGUUCAGUCUGGCAAGAAAAAGAGAGGUCUGACAAACCUGAACAACCUUUUCAAGCCAAGUUCGGGAUCGACAACAGCACGCAACCUCUGUGGUAUUGAAUGGCAAGCCCAAUGCAAGAUGAGCACUGUCGCAGAGUUCACAACACACUGGAAUAGCCUCACUCCCCAACAGAGAGAGCCCUACAUCACUCGCUCGAAGCUUGCCGACACUGCCAAUCUACUAGUGUCAAGCAUAAGCCUUGCCUCCGAUGACUCCGCCCUCAAUGCAGGCAACAGCAUAAGUCAUACUCUUGGAACGACAAUGUUCCCGGAAUCUUCAGGACAACGUUCUCAACUUCAGCGAUUGGUAGAUGAAAAAUCUUCAUGGUGGAGAGUGACCAGUAGGAAAACCGAUGGUCAGGAGUAUGUUUGGGUAGUCAUUAAUGCGAUACACCCAAGGGUAGGACCAGCCCCUCCGCGACCUGACCAGAGAACGGACAAAACGCUCAGCAACGGAGUCCUUCAAGACCAUGACUGGUCAACCACUCCAGACCACUGGGACAUCUCGAGGCCGUACCGACCAUACAUUCCUGACCUGCCAAAAACUCAACUGUUCCCGGAUAGCAGUUGGAUUGCUACUGCCUGGCCUCUAGGGAGCGAUUGGGGGAUUUCAGGGCCUGGAGGCUGGUGCUUAUCUUCGGAGAUGCGCACUAAGCUUCUGGCAACUCGAGCGAAUGCUUACACGCUCGUUGGCGCAAUCAUUUCAGCUUACAAGCCUUGGUACAUUAUCCCCACAGAGUUGAGGUUGGAUUGGAUAGACAACUCAUUCCCGUCUGAAGAGGUGUUAGCCGCACAAGUUGGUGAUGUGCGCCAACACAUACUGGACCAAUACGGGUUCAUAGCCUACAACUUGCGUCAAGACCCGCAUUGGCGCACACACCCUGGCUUGCGGGCGCACAUACUCAGGGUGACCAACACUGGCCUCGAUUCCUGUUGGCACAUCGGAUGCAUCAUGGAUUUCAAGAGGAUGGAUUUUUUCGUUUCAGAAUUGUAUGAUCUCAUCUCUCAUGACGUUCCCAUACACUACCAGUGGUUCCCUGCCGAUGCUGGACCUUUUGACCCACGAGCACUUAGGGCCAACGACUAUGACUUCAUUCAGAACAUAAGGCGGACUCAAGUUGAAUGGCAGUGGUCUACAGCGGCGCAAAGCGCCAACUCUAUGGAUCCUCCAGCCGUCCCUCCACCUGCACAAAAGAAGGCAAAGUACUUCAAAGCUAGCAGGAGGUUCAAGACUGACACAUGGGAAGAAAUCUCGAAAAACGCAUACAAGGAGCUGUCGAAUUGGUGCGCAGCGGAAUGUGUGAAGCUACCGACGAGAGAUGUAUUCGUCACCUACGAGUAUGAAGGAGCAGAUGAGGAAUACGUUGCGCCUGUGGGAUCUGUCAUCAGCGCAAAGGAGAUGGCUGCCUAUGUGCUUGGGAUAGCGGCUCAACCGAAUCCCAUUUCUGCUGUCAUCAACACAAAGGAGAUGGCUGCCCAUGCACUUGAGCUGGCAGCUCAACCAACAACGGUUUCCGCCCCAUCAGCAGCGACGCUAGCCCUGACAACAGGGGAGUCCUCUUCUUCAGCGCAGAGCGGACUCAGGCCUGCCAAAAAGGAUUCUCCUGCAGCAGCAACGCCUACUGCAGAGCCCUCCACUUUGGAGCACAGCGAACCUGUGCCCGUCACAAAGGUGACUCCGCGCGCAACGGUGCCUAACAUUGUCAUUCGCGCGCAGUCAAGAUCCCCUGGGGCCGAAUCCGCUAUCUCCCUAGGAGAAGAAGACGAUGUCCCCUUUUCAUUUGGCUCUCAUGUAGCUCCUCGGGCGCCUGAUUAUACUCCUGUUUCACCCCGCUCCCCAUCACCGUCACUUGCAGUUACGGUUCCACUGCCGGCACCGUCGUCUUCGCGCCUCCCACCCCCACAUCGUCAGAAAUGCCUGGUGUUCCUCGAUGAUUAUUCCUCCAGCUCAAGGAAGCGCACAAUCUCAUUUGUAUCAUCUCCAUCUGGAGCUGGAGAGAAUAAGAGACCACGGAUGGCGGCGCCCCCUACAUCCUCGCGCCCGACCCUGAUGCAGAGGCUUCACGGUGUCAUCGCAACUUUCCCUGCAGCCUCACCCCUUGCGCCUGAGCCCUCUCCACCUCAACAGCUCCCACUGGCACAAGUUCAAAUCCUCCCGGUUCGAGUAGAAGUGGGGCUACCACUUAUUGCAGAAUCUUACCAGGCCAAUGAGCUGCAGAUCGAUGGGCCAGUGUUCAUGAUGGGAAUCACCUUCCCUGCAGCUCCAGUGCUGCGUUCGGGGCGUUUGACUACGACGUUCCAAUCUGCCAUCUGGGUUGUCUACGAUCAGCUUCUCAGCCCAAACGCGUCUCCAGCAGACUCUUUACAAACACUGCUAAGAUCUGGGGCACCAUUCCGAGUCUUUGCACCAUUACCCAACACAGCGUUCCAACAGCUGGCAGUUGCGCCAUCGUAUCUAUUGAGGAGGAACGUGUUUCAAGGAUUUGAUCUAACAAAUCUAGGAUACUGGAACAUAUACACAUCCCAGGUUAGGGAACUUCUCUGUCGCCCAUUUGCUUGCUGUUUCCUCACGCUUGGAGGGAUCCUGUGGCGCAUUGCCUUGCAAUUUGGCCCUAAUACGCUAGUCCAAGAAGCAUUGGUGGGUCCCUCCUCAGCUGUCAUGCUAUGGGGAAGCGGCGAAUUGGUCAGCAAUCUUUGGGACGACUUCGUAACCCCUGAGGAAAUAAACACUUUGCUGGGUCGUAGUCAUUCAGGCUCGGAGAGUUGCUGGCCUCCCAACGACCUUUGGGAUUCUUCCAAGAAGUGGAAAGGGUUUUGGUCGGACGCUGAUGAAGCGUGGUUCCAGUUACAUCUGGCGAACUUGUUGUCCGGGAACCUUCAAGCACCCAAAUCCUGGAGAACUUGGAAAACUUCCUUUCGACCAGCAAAGUUGGACACGCCUUUGGAAAUCUACGCGCAAGAGUUGUUCAAAAAAUUAGGAUACGAUAAUGUUCGCGCCCCAACUUGGGACCUAUAA